CCCCCCAACACCGGGCUCGUCGCUUUCUCCAUCCCGACCCACCCGGGGCGCGGGGACAACACAGAUCGCGGAGGAGCGUUGCCAUUCAAGUGACUGCAGCAGCGGCAGCGGCGGAGGCAGCAGCGGCAGCGCCUGGGUCCCUGAGCCCACCGCAGGCUGAAGGCAUUGCUCGCGGUCCAUGCUCGUAGAGGAAGUGAGCAGAUGGGAUUAAUGUCCACAUGGAGAUAUGGAAGAGGACCAGGGAUUGGUACCGUACCCAUGGUCAGCUGGGGUCGCUUCUUCUGCCUGGUCGUGGUCACCAUGGCAACCUUGUCCCUGGCCCGGCCCUCAUUCAGUUUAGUUGAGGAUACCACGUUAGAGCCAGAAGAGCCACCAACCAAAUACCAAAUCUCUCAACCAGAAGUGUACGUGGCUGCGCCAGGGGAGUCGCUAGAGGUGCGCUGCCUGUUGAAAGAUGCCGCCGUGAUCAGUUGGACUAAGGAUGGGGUGCACUUGGGGCCCAACAAUAGGACAGUGCUUAUUGGGGAGUACUUGCAGAUAAAGGGCGCUACGCCUAGAGACUCCGGCCUCUAUGCUUGUACUGCCACUAGGACUGUAGACAGUGAAACUUGGUACUUCAUGGUGAAUGUCACAGAUGCCAUCUCAUCUGGAGAUGAUGAGGAUGACACCGAUGGCGCAGAAGAUUUUGUCAGUGAGAGCAGUAACAACAAGAGAGCACCAUACUGGACCAACACAGAAAAGAUGGAAAAGCGGCUCCAUGCUGUGCCUGCGGCCAACACUGUCAAGUUUCGCUGCCCAGCGGGGGGGAACCCAACACCAACCAUGCGGUGGCUGAAGAACGGGAAGGAGUUUAAGCAGGAGCAUCGCAUUGGAGGCUACAAGGUACGCAACCAGCACUGGAGUCUCAUUAUGGAAAGCGUGGUCCCAUCUGACAAGGGAAAUUAUACCUGCGUGGUGGAGAAUGAGUACGGGUCCAUCAAUCACACGUACCACCUGGAUGUUGUGGAGCGAUCGCCUCACCGGCCCAUCCUCCAAGCCGGACUGCCGGCAAAUGCCUCCACAGUGGUCGGAGGAGACGUGGAGUUUGUGUGCAAGGUUUACAGUGAUGCCCAGCCCCACAUCCAGUGGAUCAAGCACGUGGAAAAGAACGGCAGUAAAUACGGGCCUGAUGGGCUGCCCUACCUCAAGGUUCUCAAGGCUGCCGGUGUUAACACCACGGACAAAGAGAUUGAGGUUCUCUAUAUUCGGAAUGUAACUUUUGAGGACGCUGGGGAAUAUACAUGCUUGGCGGGUAAUUCUAUUGGGAUAUCCUUUCACUCUGCAUGGUUGACAGUUCUGCCAGCUCCCAUAAGAGAAAAGGAGACCACAGCUUCCCCAGACUACCUGGAGAUAGCCAUUUACUGCAUAGGGGUCUUCUUAAUCGCCUGUAUGGUGGUGACCGUUAUCCUGUGCCGAAUGAAGAACACGACCAAGAAACCAGACUUCAGCAGCCAGCCGGCUGUGCACAAGCUGACCAAGCGCAUCCCCCUGCGGAGACAGGUUUCGGCUGAGUCCAGCUCCUCCAUGAACUCUAACACCCCGCUGGUGAGGAUCACAACACGCCUGUCUUCAACGGCAGACACCCCCAUGCUGGCAGGGGUCUCUGAGUAUGAACUUCCAGAGGACCCAAAAUGGGAGUUUCCAAGAGAUAAGUUGACACUGGGCAAGCCCCUGGGAGAAGGUUGCUUUGGGCAAGUGGUCAUGGCGGAAGCAGUGGGAAUUGACAAAGACAAGCCCAAGGAGGCGGUCACCGUGGCAGUGAAGAUGUUGAAAGAUGAUGCCACAGAGAAAGACCUUUCUGAUCUGGUGUCAGAGAUGGAGAUGAUGAAGAUGAUUGGGAAACACAAAAAUAUCAUAAAUCUUCUUGGAGCCUGCACACAGGAUGCACCUGGGAUGAGGGAUGGCUGCGCUAGACUCUGGCUCUUGCUGAGAAGAUGGUGGAGGGAGCCGUCGGCGGCGUCUCUGUGCAAGCUGAGCUUCAGUGUGUGGUGGGAGCCCAGUGCGUGGGAAGCACAUUUUCUGACCACACAGCUUGCCAGACACACGGAGCGCGUGUCGGCAGGAGCACACCACCGGGAGAGUUUGGCCCGGGGCUUGGAAGUUCAAUUUGAAGAGGCCUCCAAAACUGGGAACACGGCUGCAGCCCCAGACGAAUCUCCAGGCGGCUUCUGGGAGCUCUCACGUUUCCUGCUUCCAGCCUGGCCAGGGAUUGCAAGCUUGCGUGGCUUCCUUGCUUUCCUGUUGCUGGGCUUAGCCUACCCGGGGGGCCCAGAAUGUAUUCAUCGAGAUUUAGCAGCCAGAAAUGUUUUGGUAACAGAAAACAAUGUGAUGAAAAUAGCAGACUUUGGACUGGCCAGAGAUAUCAACAACAUAGACUAUUACAAAAAGACCACGAAUGGGCGACUUCCAGUCAAGUGGAUGGCUCCAGAAGCCCUUUUUGAUAGAGUUUACACUCAUCAGAGUGAUGUCUGGUCCUUUGGGGUGUUAAUGUGGGAGAUCUUCACUUUAGGGGGCUCCCCCUACCCAGGGAUUCCUGUGGAGGAACUGUUUAAGCUGCUGAAGGAAGGACACAGGAUGGAUAAACCAGCGAACUGCACCAACGAACUGUACAUGAUGAUGAGGGACUGUUGGCAUGCAGCGCCCUCCCAGAGACCAACGUUCAAGCAGUUGGUGGAAGACUUGGAUCGAAUUCUCACUCUCACAACCAAUGAGGAAUACUUGGACCUCAGUCAGCCUCUCGAACAGUAUUCACCUAGUUACCCUGACACAAGAAGUUCUUGUUCUUCAGGAGAUGAUUCUGUUUUUUCUCCAGACCCCAUGCCUUAUGAACCAUGCCUUCCUCAGUAUCCACACAUCAACGGCAGUGUUAAAACAUGAAUGACUGUGUCUGCCUGUCCCCAAACAGGACGGCACCGGGAACCGAGUUACCCUGAGCAGGGAGACCGUGCCUCCCAGAGCUGGUUCUCUCCGCUUGUAUAUAUGGAUCAGAGGAGUAAAUAAUUGGAAUCAGCCUAUAUGUAAAGAUUUAUACAGUUGAAAACUUUUAAUCUUCACUAGGAGGAGAAGAAGGUUUCUGGAGCAAUGGACUGCCACACGCCACCACGUAACCCCUCUCACCUGCCACGGGUACUGGCUGUGGACCAGUCGGACUCAAGGUGGACGUGCGUGCGUUCUGCCUUCCUUGUUAAUUUUGUAAUAAUUGGAGAAGAUUUAUGUCAGCACACACUUACAGAGCACAAAUGCAGUAUAUAGGUGCUGGAUGUAUGUAAAUAUAUUCAAAUUAUGUAUAAAUAUAUAUUAUAUAUUUACAAGGAAUUAUUUUUUGUAUUGAUUUUAAAUGGAUGUCCCAAUGCACCUAGAAAAUUGGUCUCUGUUUUUUUAAUAGCUAUUUGCUAAAUGCUGUUCUUACACAGAAUUUCUUAAUUUUCACCAAGCAGAGGUGGAAAAAUACUUUUGCUUUCAGGGAAAAUGGUAUAACAUUAAUUUAUUAAUGAAUUGGUAAUAUACAAAACAAUUAAUCAUUUAUAGUUUUUUUUUGUAAUUUAAGUGGCAUUUCUAUGCAGGCAGCACAGCAGACUAGUUAAUCUAUUGCUUGGACUUAACUAGUUAUCAGAUCCUUUGAAAAGAGAAAUAUUUACAAUAUAUGACUAAUUUGGGGAAAAUGAAGUUUUGAUUUAUUUGUGUUUAAACGCUGCUGUCAGACGAUUGUCCUUAGACCUCCUAAAUGCCCCAUAUUAAAAGAACCUAUUCAUAGGAAGGUGUUUCAUUUUGGCGUACAGCCCUGUAAUUACGUCAACGCAACAUCUAACUGGACUUCCCUAGACAAACGGUACCAGAGUCCUCUAAAAGAUGUCUUAAUCCAUUCCUUGAGGACAGACCUCAGUUGAGAUGAUAGCAGAAUGUGCUUCUCUCUGGCAGCUGGCCUUCUGCUUCUGAGUUGCACAUUAAUCAGAUUAGCCUGUAUUCUCUUCAGUGAAUUUUGAUAAUGGCUUCCAGACUCUGGCGCUGGAGACGCCUGCUAGGAUCUUCAAGUCCCAUCAUAGAAAAUUGAAACACAGAGUUGUUCUGCUGAUAGUUUUGGGGAAAUGUCUGUCUUUUUAAGGGAUUGCUUUCAUCUAAUUCUGGCAGGACCUCACCAAAAGAUCCAACCUCAUACCUACAUCAGACAAAAUAUUGCCAUUGUUCAUUCUGUACUAAAGUAUUGUGUUUUGCUUUGAAACACCCACUCACUUUGCAGUAGCCAGGCAAGAUGAAUGCAGAUUACACUGAUCUUAUGUGUUACAAAAUUGGAGAAAGUAUUUAAUAAAACCUGUUAAUUUUUAUACUGACAAUAAAAAUGUUUCUACAAGAUAUUAAUGUUAACAAGACAAAAUAAAUGUCACGCAACUUAUUUUUUUAA